AUGAAUAUCGGCAAUAAACUAUAUCUAAAAGACAUUGAACAUAUUGCUGAUGAUUCACAUCUCAAACUACGGGUGUUAAAGAUUUGGAAUUUUAUAAAAAAUAACCACGUUUUAUCGAUUGAAAUGAUCGUCAUGGACGAGGAGGGUACAAAAUACCAAUCUCGUGUUUUCCACCAAAAUUUUUCAAGAUUUCGUGACCUUUUAAAGGAAGAUGUUAUUGGGCUAAUUGUCUCAUUUAGGCCACUUGAGACAACCAAUCCUAAUCCAUCAAAACAUUACAUGAAGAUGACUAUUAGCAACUUAGAGUCUGUACACCUCAAUGUCACUAUAUUUGGAAGUCAGGCACAUGAGAUGUCACAUUACCUGAAAAGUAACACCACCAUUACUUGUGUUGUUAUAGUGAUGCAGUUCGUGAAACUUAACGUUUGGAAUGGAAUUGGUCAAGCCCAAAGUCAUUUUGAUGUAACCAAAAUGUUCAUUAAUUCAGACAUUGUUGAAAUUAAUGAGUUUAAGAAAGAAUUGAAGGCUAAUAACAAAGGAGGUAUGUCUGAAAAAAGCAUUACUACGCUCCCAAGCUACUCUACCUCUUAUAUAGAUGAUUUUAAAGGCGAUUUCCCUUUAAAAACUGUUUGUGAGAUCACAGAACCACUUAAGGAAAUGAAAUUUCUAUUAGUUGGUUCCAUCGUCAAUAUAAGACAGAAUCUACCUUGGUAUUACGAUGCGUGCUACAAAUGUGGAAGAAGGAUAAACAAUGUGCCCAAAACCAAUCUUUCCUAUACCGCCCCCGGCAAGAUGGAAGAUAGUGUUGUAAUUAAGUGUAAAAAUGCAGCUUGCAACGAUUCGAAUUUUCAUACUGUUAUAAAGUAUAUAAUUCCAAUCAACGUACAAGAUCAUACUGGCACCAUCAGAUUCACUCUUUUUGAUAGGGAAGCAAAAAGAUUGUUGGAUAUAAGUGCAUUCGAGUUGAAAAAAAUACAUGAGGAGGUUGGUGACAGUUUGGAACUAUAUCCAAAUCAUAUGAACGUGUUGAAAAACCGCAAAUUUGCGUUUCUUGUAGAUGUUACAUCCCACAAUGUCACCAACUAUAACAAUAUCUACACCGUUGUCAAACUUACAGAAGAUGAGUCCGUUGUUUUAGAAUUGGAAAGUAAACUAGAACUUAUGAGUGUUCAAUCAGUGUCCUUAAAUGAAGUACCCCUGGAAUCAGAUGAGGUCGUUCAAAAUGUUCAAAAGGAUGUCAUAUCACAAACGGAUGAGAAUUUUACUCCCUCGACAAUUGAUAAAUCAUCCGCAACAAGUCCAUUGAAAAUAUCAGCUGAUUUGAAGCGCAACCUCCAUGACAUUUAUGAUGUUGAUGGUGGAGAAAAUGAUGGUGAUGCAAAUUCUAUAAAAUCAAAUACGGAAUCUUUUGGUGAAGAUACUCCAGUUUGGGUGCCAAAAGUGGAGAAAUGA